AUGGAACAGUAUCCAGCAAACGUUCCGCUUCUACUCUUACAGAUUAUUCUGCAAAGACAACAAGUACUCGCGCAUAAGGAUAAGAACUUGCACAUGGAAACGUUAAUAAAGGAUCCAAUCAUAGACGAUGAGAUCCUCAAUCAAUUCAUCUCGCAUAAGUUAAUUAAGAUAUACACACCGGAUCUUUCUCAUAUGACCAAACGGUCCCUGAAGACAAUGGUUAACGAAUUAUUUGUGGAAGGACUAAGCACUAGCCAGGAUCCCGUGACCAUCGUUACGCUAGCCAAUUAUUAUUAUGAAAGGCGAGUGAAAGAGCUAGAAACAGAACUAAUACCCCAACUGAAGAGCCAAUUACAAGCCCAAUUGCAGGAUGAGCGCUGA